AUGUGUUUCAAUGAUGAUAGUAGUGGAGAUACUACUUGGGGUGAAGGGGAUGAUCGUCCUCUCAUCCUCAACGAUGACUUGAUGACUGACUCUUGGACAAAGACCGACGUGCAAUCAACUUCAUCCUUGUGUAACAACAAACCUUCAUCCAGCUUUUCACCUGCCAAGCUGGAUCUACCUCCAUUGGAGACGAUACGACUUUACUCUCCUCCCAGCUCUCCCAGUCCAAUCCGACCCCAACGAUUCCCCCGGCAAUCAGAGGAGAUUACAGAUUCUGUUUCUGGUCGAAUUAACCCCGCAACUUGUCAUCGUUUAUCACAACCAUCAGAUCGAACACUAGUUGGAACCCCAAGCUCUAAACUUAGACAGACCAUCAACGAUGACUCGGUCACCAACCUCAACUCUGUACUACCUUCAGGGACGAUAUGUGAUGCUUGUGAUAAAGAAGAGAUGGAAGGUCGCGUCACACAAGUCUUACCCUGUAAACAUUGGCUUUGCGCUACUUGUUUUUCUUCCUUGAUCUCGGCCGUUUCCGUUUCACAAAAACCUUCCAAAUGCCCUUCAUGUCUCCAACACGUCUCAGGAUUGUCCUCCAGGCGCAAGACAACAAUAGAAGAAGACCAUCCUAAUCCAUUGUGUCCAGCUUCCAAACAGAACACCUCUUCUGCUUCUGAGGUGGAAGUCAAUACAGUCGUCUUGCGCAUUGACAAUGUAGCUUGGGAUGUAACACCAACAGUGGUGGAAAGUUUCCUCCCUCGUCAUGUCUUACCACCUUCUCAUCCUCAUCCUAUUCAUAUCCUCCUUGAUCGAAUGGACGGUAAGACGAAAGAUUAUCUUUACGUUGAAGUACGUUCACAAGCUGCAGCGAAAGAAGUACUUCAAAGACGUCAGAAUAAUUUCAUGCCCGGUGGUCCUCUUUCUCGUCGUAGUAGACCGGUGACCAUCACUCCGGUGACACAUGCGGAACUCAUAUCAGAGCUACGUCCCCGUUCCCCACAAGAACUUCAAAGUUUACUUCGUCUUUGUCAAGCAUCCAUCUCUUCACCACCUUUAACAAACCCAUUUCUCAAUCACACAUCUUCGUACGUAUCACCAAACGGUGUUGCACACUUUGUCAAAUCUCGUCAUGGACCAUUCCAUCUUCUCAUGUCUAUAUUAAGUAAACUUCGGGGUAAAGAUAGUCCUGCAUAUUGGGAUUUACUCGCUACCACAUCUGGAGCUAUAGCCGCACUUGCCACUAUUUCCAGAGAUGGUAACACUCCCGACAAUCUGAACAAAUGGAGAAAGAAAGAUACAGAAGAUGAAAUGGUUCUUAAUCAAUUAAGUAAAAUGUUCGAAAGUUGUUUUGCCGAUUUGACCUCGACUUAA